AUGGAGUACAAGCUGCAGAAGGGAGUCAGGGGGGAGAUCAGGUUCCUGAAAGCUGAAAUGGACAGCAUGCAGGCUGCUCUCGACAGGGUGUCCAAGCUGCCGCCUCAACAGAUCGAUGAUCUUCACAACAAUUGGGUGAGGGACUUGAAGGAGCUGUCCUAUGACAUUGAGGACAGUGUUGACUCUUUCAUGCUCCGAGUCGAUGCCCCUGGUUGUGCCAAGCCAAAGAGCUUCAGAACGUUCUUUGACAGGACCAUCGUCCUAUUGACAAAAGCCAAGCCUCGGCAUCAUAUCGCCGAUGACAUCCAAGACAUCAGGAGCCGCAUCCAAGAGGUUGCUGGUAGGCGAGAAAGGUACAGAUUUCCAGAAGUUGCAGUGCAGCCAGAGAAUACAGAAAUGGAUCCUCGGUUGCCUGCUCUCUACGAAGAUGUAAAGAACCUGGUUGGUAUUGAAGGCCCUGCAGAGAAGCUCACUGCUUUGCUAAUGCAAGGGGAGGGUGCACAAAAACAGCAGCUAAUGGUUGUCUCUAUUGUCGGAGUUGGAGGCCUUGGGAAAACAACUCUUGCAAAUUCGGUGUAUCAAAGAAUCAGAGGAGAAUUUCAGUCUCAAGCUUUUGUUUCAGUCUCCCUUAAGCCAGAUAUAAAUAAGAUCUUCAGCAGCAUACUACGGCAGGUUAGUGGAGGAGAGUACCCCAAUGCUGAAGCAUGGAGUCAUACUGAGCUUAUAGAUACAAUCAGACAAAUACUUGAGAAAAAGAGGUCAAUCGUUGCUUUUGGUGAUGCCGUUGAGUGGGUGCCACCUAUGUCAAGGUUUCCAGUUCUCCGUGUUUUGGCUUUCAAAAGUUGGUCCAGAAACAAUAUCCACCCUAAGGAUCUAGGAAGUCUGCAGCACUUGAGAUACCUUGAACUAGGAGGUUAUCUCAAAACAGAGCUUCUAGAAGGAAUUGGGAACCUAAAGCUUCUCAGGACAUUGAAUCUUUGGGGCCGAUUCAAAGGAGAAUUGCCAGCUAGCAUUAGUCAGCUACGACAACUUGAAAAUCUGUUAACUGGUACUAAUAAGGUGAAAUUUCCAGAUGGAACUGGGAAUCUAAUAUCCUUACACGAGCUGUCACGUCUAUCUCUGGACGAAUCACCAAAUACUUUGGCUGAACUUGGUAACUUUACUAAACUCCGAGUGCUGACAAUACGUGGCUUAUAUAAAAACCAGAGUUACAUGAAGACAUUUCUACAGGCCUUAUCCAAUCUAGUCAACCUUCGCAGACUAGUUUUUAUUGGAUACGAAACAUGCUCCCUAGAUUACAUGCCAGACCAAUGGACGGGCCCUGCACGUCUCCAAAGCUUUCAUGGGAAUUCUGUAACCUUUUCCCAGGUGCCCUGGUGGUUUUCCUCCCUCUCUGAACUCUCCAGCUUGUCCAUGUGGGUCAAUCUACUAAGACAGGAGGAUCUCAAACUGCUUGGAGCUUUGCCGGUGCUACGUUUUCUUGUUCUAGAAGUAGAUGCCGAUGGCACCAUCACCGAAGAACAGUUGGUGGUUGGUGCUGAUCACCCCUUCCGCUCUCUAGCAGAGUUUAAGUUUACGCACUACACAAGAUGUUGGCUGGAGUUUGCUCGAGGAGUGAUGCCAAAGCUUCAAAGGCUUGAGUUAGUCUUUGAAGCACGGAGGAGGGAAGGUGGUGGUUUUGAUAUUGGCUUGGAGAACCUUGCUUCACUUACACACGUCACCGUCAAGGUUGACUGUGACGGUGCCCGGAUGAAGGAGGUGGAGGAUGUCGAGUACAAGGUCAGGGAUGCACUCGACAUGCAUCUGAACCAUCCAAUGCUCGAGCUUUCAAGAGAUUGUGAAGGGCUAAUGAUAAAGGAUGAGGACAAAGAUGGUCACGAGCUGUUAGAGGAAAGUGAUGAAGACUGGGAGAAUAUAUGA